AGGGGGUGACUGCAUCCUGUCAACUCCUUUUUCUUUUCAUAUGUUUUUCCUUAUCACACAUUUGAGCACACUCCUGAUAAAAGAAAAAGGUUCACCUUUUUCAAUUGAACACUUCCAAAUUAUCUCAUCUUUCACCCCCCAAAAGUUAGAGAGAGAAACACCACAACAGGUGUAGUAGGGGACCAAGAUUUUAAGUUUUUUGUUUCAAUUGUUUGUCAUUGUUCUUUAAUGGGGGUGAAUGUAGGAAUCAUGGGAACCCUUUUAUUAUAUUCAUAGGGUAAGGAUACAAGAAUCUUUACAAGAAAUCUAGCUUUUGUAUUUCUUGAAAACCCAAAAAAAAAAAAAAAAAAAAUAAAAAAAAAACAAUGGGGAAUGGGGACACAAACAGAAGCAGUGGAGGGGGGAGUGGAGGAUUUGAUGAUGAUUCUAGUGAGGUGGGUAAAGAUUCGUCUUUGUAUCAGCAUCGGUACCAGUAUCAGUAUUAUCGGGACGAUCAUCACCAGGGUCAGAAGCAUCAAGAUCCAGUGGAUAUUGGUGGAGUGUUUGGUAAUGAAACUGGUGCCAUCAACCAUGUUGCAUCUGGGAUUUGUUUGGAACAACCCAGUACAGGGUCAAAUACUACUACUGGGAAAGUGCUUUUCACAGCGACUCAGUGGCAAGAACUUGAGAGGCAGAUGAUGAUCUACAAGUACAUUAUGGCUUCUAUCCCUGUUCCUCCUCAGCUCCUGAUACCUUUAUCCACUCAAUCCAACAAGGGGGGUAUGGACUUGAGGUUCUCAAGCGGGUCGGAUCCAGAGCCGUGGCGGUGUAGGAGAACCGAUGGUAAGAAAUGGAGAUGUUCAAGGGAUGUGGCACCUGACCAGAAGUACUGUGAGCGUCACGCACACAAGAACCGACCUCGUUCAAGAAAGCCUGUGGAAAUCCAAUCUCAUAACAACACCAACAACAUUAUGACCACUAGUGGCCUCAAUAUUACACCUACUUCCUCAUAUCAACAUCCCAGGUGCAAUGAAUGGUUUAUGAAGAGUGGGACUAUCCCUGUUGUGUCUUCAUCCAACCAACAAUUUCAGCAAUCAAUGAGUUCCGAUUCACCUAGAGUCGGAUCCAAACGGACCCACAUUUUCCCACAAAACUUCGACGAAACUCAUCAACAUGAUUCCCACCUCAACUACUGUAAUCUUCAGUUAGAUUCGGCAGGUGCUAGACGACAGCAUUUCAUCGAUGCUUGGUCGAAAACCGGAGGCGGAGACAAUUGCUCGCUUACUUUGUCGAUGCAAUGUAGCGGUGGGAUCGAUGGGAAUGACGAUCAUAGUUUCGGUAUAGGAAGUGGAGAUGAUUUGAAAUCACAUGACCACUGGUUGAGCCAGGGUUCUUGGAUGGGCUCACCGCCUGGUGGACCGUUGGGUGAAGCAUUGGGCCUAGGGGUGGCUAGCACUAUUAAUGGGCCUCUGAAUGUGCCAUCUAGUUCAACUACAACUACAACUACCACUACAACUACAAGCAGUUCUUGUGAUCAUGAGUUUAGCUUCAUUAGGUAAUUUGUUCAGAUCAUUAGGUGAUGUUUUCUAGUUGAAUUAGAUUUCAUUUUGACUUGACAAUUUGUUUGUUAAUGGAAGAUAAUCCUAAUGCUAAUGAAUUAUGAAUUGUUAAUU